AUGGCGCGCCGCGCGGAUGUUGGGCCGCCCCCGAGGCUUCCGAUGCGCUGCUCGGCGUUGACGAGGCCGCAGGUUCUCUCGGGCGCGGUCUGCGUCGAGCCGAGUGAAGCAGCGCCUCGGGCGGCCAUGGAGCAUCGGCGAUGGGGCGCUGCAGUCUGCGACGUCCUGUGCGAUGUGGUCAGUGGAGAAGCGGGGGUCACGGAGAAGCUGGCGGCCAUCCUGGGGAAGGAGAAGCCGCGCACUGGGCGACCAGCGGCAGCUCCCGAGGCCAUGGCAGCCACCAGCGGAUGCGAGGGUCUUCAGGGCGCCCAGGCUUGGGCGCAGGUGGUCAUGCUGCCCGCGGUCAAGUGCAAGUCAACUAAGGGGGCGGCAGCUGCAGCCUUUGCCGGCGCCAAGAGCGCAGGCUCCGCUAGCGCUUGGAGGCCAGCGCCUGGCCGCGGGGCAGACGCGCGCGGAUCUCGCGGCCAGGCGCCAGUUUUGCGCAAUGGAGAGCAGCGGCGCGAUGAUCCAGGCAUUUGCCGCGGUUUCAGUUUCUUCUUCAACGUCGCGACCCCGGGGCGGAGGGGCCAGGCCUGGGCGCGCUUCGCGCGGCAGUGCUGCGCGCGCGCCCGCGACGAGUGCGUCGAGGCCCAUCUUCCAGAGUCGCAGUUGCGCAGGCGCGACGCGCGCGCCCAUUGCCGAGAGCGCCGCGCGAGGGCUGGCCAGCGCAAGCCACCGGUCAGAAUUGAUCGGCAGGCGAGGGCGGGGAGAUCGAUCAUCUUCAUUGACGGGCACCUGCAAGCAUCCUCGCUUGCUGAGCUGAAGCUCGAGCCAGCGCAUGUCGGGCGCAAGGGUCGGCAUCUCUCGAUGGGUUCGUUGCCUCGGCUGCCCAUGGCGAGGCCCUCCCCCGCGUUCGCCUUGCUCCGCGGGCGCGCCUCCGUCGGCGCAGCGGACCGCGACUGCGCGCAGUUCCAUCGCUGGGGGGGCGUGCUCUGCGAGCGCCGCGGCCCGUCGCGGGAGGUCGCUGGCGCCGAGGGGCGUUGGCGCCGAGGGCCGGCAGCGGCGGCGCUGGGGGGGGCCCGGAUGGCCGAGGCGCUAGCGGCGGCGCGCGAGGCAGCAGAGACGGGGCCCCUCGACCCUGCAACCGCGGACGAGGGCUAUGGAGUAAGCGCGCGCAGCUGGCACGCCGGGGUGGCCAGUGCAGGGGCACUGCCAUGGUUGGCGAGGCUCCUCAGCGCCGCCGUGGACGCACGGGGUUUCGUGGCCGAGACCGCGGAGCAGGAGCGCGCGCGCGACGGCCAGGGAGGUGGAUGCCUCGUGCGCGCGCCCGGCGGAGACCACACCGCGGGCCGUUGCAGGGAGGCGUGCGAGAAAGACGUGCGCUGCUCCCUGUGGCAGUACACCGACGGCGGCCUCUGCCUCGUGUCUGCCAGCUCCUGCGGCGACGGCGGGGGCGACGACCUCGGCGCCGCGGGGAGCGGCUGGCUGGUCCAGCACGGCACCGCGGGGCCGUACGCGGAGCUGGCGGCCAACGCCGAGGUGGCGGGGCUUCUCAGCCUCGGCCUGCUCCCCAACCCCGACGGCGGCGGCGCGGGGGAGCAGGGGGACGCCGAGCGACUCGCGGACAGGAGGAGCAGGUCGAGCUCUGCCGCAGCGUGUGCUACGCGGACAUCGGGUGCGGAUAUUGGCAGUACGGUGGCAGCAGCUGCCGUGUGGAGCGCCAGCCAGACUUUGUCGCUGCCCCCGCGAACCUCACCUCCCCGACCGACCUGGUGCUCGUCGGGGAGCAGGUGGCGCGUGGCUGCCCUCACGACCCGCACCCGAUCUCCCUCGGCGUGGGCGUCGCGUGCUCGGCCCUCGGAAGCCUGGCGCUCGCCUGGGCAGCCUGCGCAAGUGGCAGGAACGCCGUCACGCGCGAGGGGCUGCUGA